UGUCCCUGGUGGAGAAAGAGUGAGGUUCCUCCACUAUGGCACACAAACACAAGAGGCGGUGCUGCACCUAGAACAUCUCCCUCUGUCAACCACAGUUUGAGACCCACUGGCAAUGGGGGACAGAUGCCUGCUAGUGAAGCUGACCUUGCUCUGUCUCUUUUCUAUCCAUUGAUUAAUAUUUCUAAAGAAAAUGAAGAUAAUUAUAUGUUCUUGCAUUUGGGCAAUAGCAUGGGCUAUUCCAUUUCCUCAAAUCAAACCCUUGGAGACACAUACCGUGGACAAAUCUGUGAAUGCAUAUCUGCUAGCAAAAUCGGAAGUGCCAACACAGGUUGAAUUAAACACCAAUGACACCAACAAAGAAGGUGAAGCUUCCAUGCAUGAAAGUGAAAGCGGAAUGCAACAGUAUACCAAAGAUGGUUACAAAGGAGAGGGGAAUGACUCUGAGUGUGCAGAAGGAGGAGGAAAGAGUUCUUAUACAUGUUCCACAUUAGCAAAAGACUUGGAGAAUGUUGAGAAUGGGAAUAGGGACACAGGAAAAUCAGAAACAUAUGCUCACGAUGGGCUACAUGGAAAAGAAGAUAACAUGACAAUAAAUGACAUCAGGGGAAAAAUAAACAUCAUUGACAAUGCUGGAGCAGCAAAUGUGAGCAAUAUUAAUGAAAAUGUUGAUGAGAAUACAAAUAAUGGGGAUGUUGUAGAUGCAAGUCAGAGUGAGAACGCCACUGUCGUCCAAGAAGAUGAAAGUGAAGUAGCUGGAAACAACAGUACAGAUCAUGUGGAUGAAAUAAAUGGGAAUUCUUGUAGAAAUGAGGGUGAUACAAAUGAAAUAUCAUCUCAGAGGGAAGGUGAGAGCAAUAGGAAUAAGGAGGCUGAGGCCACCCCAGGGAGAAGUGGAACUGGCAAUGGACAAGAUGCUGCCCUGGGUGAUUCUGAUGGGAGUCCUAGUGGGAAUGGAGCAGAUGAGGAUGAAGACAAGGGCUCUGGUGAUGAUGAUGGUGAAGAGACAGGAAAUGGGAAAGAGGGCAUUAAUAACAGGGGGGGCCAGGAUGAUCAUGGUAAUGGUAAAGAAGAUGGCAAUGAUGGUACCAUAGGUCAAAAUUCAACUAGUGGUGAAGACAAUGAUCCUGAAGGCAAAGAAAAUUCCCCUAAUAACAGUGACAGAGAUAAUACCUCGAAGAGUGAGGAGGAUUCUGACAGUAUUCCAAAAGACAAUGACAGCCAAAGAAUAGAGGACAUCCAAAAUACCAACCACAGAGGAAGUGAAAGUGUGGAAAAUGGAAUUACUGAUGAAUCAGAGCCAAGUGCUAUUGGGAAGAGCCAACAUAAGGGAAUAGAAAUUGAAGAAGCUGGGGAGAUCGACGAAGAUAAAGAGAGCAAAGGACAACAUGGAAUGCUUAUGGAGAAAGGAAAUGUCAAGUCACAAGGAGAGGCUGACAUCAUGCAUGGACCUGGCCAGAAAUCAGAACCUGGAAGUGAGGUUGGACACAGCAAAACUGGGAGUGACAGUAAUAGUGAUGGAUAUGACAGUUAUGAAUUUGACGAUGAAUCCAUGCAAGGAGAUGUCCCCAGUAGCCAUGAUGAGCCUAAUGGCAAUGAUAAUGCCAAUUCUAAAAGUGACAAUAACAACACUAGUCUAGGUAAUAGUGACAGCAGUGAUGGCAAAUCAGACAGCAGUAGUAGCAGUGACAGCAGUGACAGUGACAGCAAAUCAGACAGCAGUGAGAGCAGUGAGAGCAGUGAUAGUGACAGCAAAUCAGACAGCAGUGAGAGCAGUGAGAGCAGUGACAGUGACAGCAAAUCAGACAGCAGUGAAAGCAGUGACAGUGACAGCAAAUCAGAGAGCAGUGACAACAGUGACAGCAGUGACAGUGACAGCAAAUCAGAGAGCAGCAACAGUGACAGCAGCAACAAUGACAGCAAAUCAGACAAUAGUGACAGUAGUGACAGUGACAGCAAAUCAGAGAGCAGUGACAGCAGUGACAGCAGUGACAGUGACAGUGAAUCAGAGAGCAGUGACAGCAGUGACAGUGACAGCAAAUCAGAGAGCAGUGAGAGCAGUGAGACCAGUGACAGUGACAGCAAAUCAGAGAACAGUGACAGCAGUGACAGCAGUGACAGUGACAGCAAAUCAGAGAGCAGCAACAGUGACAGUGACAGCAAAUCAGAGAACAACAGUGACAGCAGUGACAAUGACAGCAAGUCAGACAGUAGUGACAGCAGUGACAGUGACAGCAAAUCAGAGAGCAGCAACAGCAGUGACAGCAGUGACAGUGACAACAAAUCAGACAGUAGCGACAGCAGUGACAGCAGUGACAGUGACAGCAAAUCAGAGAGCAGCGACAGCAGUGACAGCAGUGACAGUGACAGCAAAUCAGAGAGCAGUGACAGCAGUGACAGUGACAGCAAAUCAGAUAGUAGUGACAGCAGUGAUAGUGAUGGUAACGCAGACAGCAGCAAUAACAGUGACAGUAAAUCAGACAGUAGUGACAGUAAGUUGGACAGCAGUGAUAGCAGUGACAACAGCAGCAGCAACAGCAGUGAUAGCAGCAAGAGUGACAGCAGUGACAGUAGUGAUAGCAGUGAUGACAGUGACAGUGACACCAGCGACAGCAGUGACAGCAGUGAUAGCAGUGACAGUGACAGCAGUGACAGCAGUGACAGCAGUGACAGUGACACCAGCAACAGCAGUGACAGCAGUGACAGCAGUGAUAGUGACAGCAGUGACAGCAGUGAUGGCAGUGACAGCAGUGAUGGCAGUGACAAGCAGUGACAGUACAUCUGGCAAUAGUGACGUAAGUCUGGUAAUGGCAGAACAAUGGAAAUGAUAGUGACAUUGACAGUAACAGUGAAAGCAGUGAAAGUAAUCACUUGACCAGUGAUAAUUAGAAUAAGAGAAAAAAACCCCAAAGAAUCCUUUUGUCAAAGUUUGAUGAGUAAUUGAUAGGAGAUAGAGAUUUUCAAGAAAGUAAAGAAAGGGGAGAGAUAAACAGAAGACACAUAUGUAAACAUUCUCAGAAAAAACUAGGGGAAAAAAGCCAGACUGUCAGAUUUGGAACCAAGUCCCAAUUCCCUUAAAGAGAGAAUCUUAAUUCAAGACAUUUGGUGCAUGCAUGCUAAGGAAUAUUCAUAUUCUGAAUACGUUUUGUUAAAGGUACACAUCUAAAUACGAAAGAACAAUUAACAUAUUCUUUAAUAUUUCACAUGGAAACCUCACGUAAUCCUUUACUACAUGAUAACUUCAAUUGAAAUGCCACUUGCUUUAGGGAAGGUAGCAAGCAACCUGUGGCAUUGCCUUAAUCCUCCACUAAUUAUACAUUCUGGAUAGAUGAUCUGCUGCUUACUGCUGAGUAAAAGAGCUGUUAGGGCGAUUCCAGCUUGGCUACUGAUUAAUUUGCUUGCUCUAAGGAGGAAAUAUACUUGUAUCAUGAAAACAAACAAACAAACAAAAAAACAACCCUCAGCAACUAUUUAACCUUUCUGGGUCUUAGUAAUAAUCUUUGUAAAGAACAGAAUAAUUAGAAAUUAUGGAAAUUCUAAAUGUGCUAGUCAAAAAAAAUUCAGAGGCUGGUUUAGACAACAAAAUCUGAUGUAUAGUAUUACAUUCCCCACAAACCAUGGGAACAUUAGCACAAAGACCCUAAAACUAGUGACACACCUGAUGCAGUGCUUAGAAUAGUGUCUUGCUUACAGUAGCCAUUCCCCAAAUAUUAAUAGAUGAAUGAAUACAUUAAGGAAUGACUCUUGGGGGGACGGGUCAUUUUUUGAGCUUGAGGUUGACUCUGUUUAGAACUUUGUUAAGUAGUGCCAGUUACUUGUCUUUCACAUCAGUCUGACCAAGUCAAACUUGGUUCACAAUCUGCCGCUCCCUCACUUGUAAAAACUUUUAAUUGUAGUAACAUAUAUAUAUAUGACUCAAAAUUUCCCAUUUUAACCACUUUCAAGUGUACAAUUCAGUGAAAUUAAUUACAUUCACAACACUGUGCUACCAUCAUCACCAUCUAUUACUGAAAAUUUUUCAUCACCUCAAAUAGAUGCUCUGUACCCAUAAAGUGGUAACUACCACCCCUAUCCCCUCACUCUGGCCCCUGGUUAUCUGUAAUCUACUUUUUAUCUUUAUGAAUUUUCUUAUUCUAGGCAUUUCAUGUAAGUGAAAUCAUGCAAUAUUUGUCCUUUGUGUCUGGCUAUUUCACUCAACAUGCUGUCUUCAAGAUUCAACCUUGUUGUAGCAUGUACUAGAACUUUAUUUCUUUUUACAACUGAAUAAUAUUCCACUGCAUGUAUGGCUAUUAAAAGUGUUGGCAAGGAGGUAGAGAAAUAGAGAUCCUUGUACAUUGUUGGUGGAAGUGUAAAAUGGUGCAGCCACUGUGGAAAACAGUUUAGCAGUUCCUUGAAAAGUUGAACCUAGAAUUACAAUAUGACCCAUCAAUCCUACUUUUAGGGAUGUACCCCAAAGAAUUGAACACAGGGACUCAUACAGAUAUUUGUACACCAAUUUUCAUAGCAGCAUUAUUCACAAUAGUCAAAAGAUGGAAGCAACCCAAGUGUCCAUCAACAGAUGACUGAAUACACAAAAUAUGGUGUGUACAUUCCCCUUAAAAACCCCAAUAUGCCAAAAUUUCUAAAGCAGACCCAGGGCCUCUCUUCUGGCUACUAAUCUUUUUAUAAAGUCAACAGUUGCUGGCAGAUAAUGCUUUAGACAUCAUCUUCUCUCUCUUAUUCGAGAGUCAUAUAAGCAGCCAAAAUCUGAGCAUGUAUCAUUCUGCUUUUACAUAAAUGAGUUUAAUUCUUAGUUAGGGAUGAAACCCAAGCCCUAGACCACAAGGAUCUCAAAGGUAUAUUAAAAUAGUGAUAUUUAAUAGGGCGGAUUUGUCAUCCAAACCAAUAUACUUUUGAGGGUGAAAUGGGUGCUAUGAAUAAUUACAUGGGGCAAGAGGAAUUGUCCCAGAAAAUGGGGAGGUACAAUUACCUUAGCCAUAAAACCCUCGGAUAUUUGUAAUGAUGAUUUAUAAUUUCCCUCCUUUUCCACUUAUGUGUUUAUUUAGAUUUGCUCUAAUUCAAAGACAAUAGUGAAGGUAUGUAGUGAAGUUAUGAAUGCAACUUCUGUGAUGUUAAUUUUCAACAGGUCAGUAGUUGACACUUUAUGUUCUAAGAAAGGUUAAGCAUACAUUAUAGAAAGAUUUUGCAGUAGGGUUUUUUUUUCUUCUGCCUCCUUUCUCCUUUAUGCAAGAGUUUCUUAGUUAAGAGACCACUAUUUCAAUGAAUAUUUCUGAAGGCGUUAAAAAUACUGCUAUUGAUAAACUACUUGGAAGCUAAUUAUACUAUAAGAUUUCAGGUUUCUACUAUAGCAGUCAUUUAACUGACCCCAAACUUUACUUAAAAUAUGUCCUUGGUUUUUAACUCCCUUAGUCUUCAGGAUUUUUUUUUUAACUUAUAAAAUGAGGCUUAUAGUACAUUUUCUUCCUAUUUCAAAGGAUUGUUAUAAGCACUAGGUCAGAUAAUGGAUCUGAAAUUCUUUGUAAACUGUACAGCAUAUAUAAAUGAAAGAGAUAAUGAAUUUCUGUGUUAUAAUAAACAUCUAUUUAUGUGAUUUGUUCACAAGGAAAACACCCUUCCUACUAAUGAGUUUUUAAAUGCUUAGUCCCCCAUCACAGUUUAAAAAAUUAACUAGUUAUUUUUUAUUAAAAAGUUAAUAAAUGUAUAUACAUCAAAUAAAAACAUCAAACACUGUAAAAAGGUAUACAAAAAUAUUAAAUCUCCAUUAUCCCAGACUCCCAGUCUUCCAUUUCUCUUAUCUACAGGUGAUUCUUACUAAAAAUAUCUUGUGGAACUUUCCAGAAAUAUUCUAUGCCCAGAUAAACACUAAUGUCCCUCUUUUACAAACACAUGGAAGUCCAGUAUAUACACCAUUCUUAACUUACUUUGAAAAAUUUAACAAUAUACCUUGAGUAUUGGUUCAUAGCACACAAAUAAACCUCUUUCUUUUCUCAUACCUGCGUAGUAUUUCAUUUUAUGAACCUGCCCCU